UACGGUUUAUUGAUCCUGCGUACACUAUGCGACGAUGCUGUGCUGCAACCUUACCACGAUGAAAAGUGUUUUUCGGCUUAUCAUACGAACGACUACAGCAUCCGAGUACAGUGGUUAAGUAUCGCAUAAACAUGCCGAAGUGGAAUUAUUAUUUGACAUCGAAUAAAAAUGUGUGAAUUCGAUAAUAUUACAGUCACGUCGUCAGUAUACGUUAUUCAUUAGCGAUUAAUUGCCAAUUAAUUCGCGUGUGAUUUAUAUGUGCCUACAUUGAUGUGCAUGGUACAGGAGAUAAACGCAAUCCUAAUAUUUGAUCGAAAUGCGUUCGGUUGCACUGACAGUAUGGUUUUUUUUAAACGUCGUACUAUUGGGCAUGUGCGGAUACAUUUAUCUACUUUGGCUACAAUAUUGGCGUCACAUAAGUGUCAAAAACCAACAAACUCAAGAAUUGACUUACACACAACAGCAGCCCUACGUCGAGUAUUAUGACGAAGGCGAUUUCACAACUGCUCAUCAGAGAAAUGGAAAUCCAUUAAUGCGAAUUAGUGAAGCGCUCCUAGACAAGACGGAAAGAAUCAGGUUAUCUAAUUUCAAAAAUAAAAUCAUUGCCCGUCUUAGGCAAGUGAUAAUGAAGGAGAAUAGCAAUUAUGGGUCCGUCAAAAACGAGAACCCUUACAAUGUUCCGUAUAGACCGCAAGCACCGAAUAACGUAAAAAGCGACUGGACGUGUGAUAUGGCUUCCAGCGUGGAGAAAUUUAGAACAUUAGAAAAAAAUGACAUUGAUCAUUUAUUGACAAAAAAUAUUCCGGAUGUACCACUAUUUGACGAUAAUGAAGUAUUCGGCACUUGUGCAAUCAUAUCCAAUGCUGCUACUCUUCGCAAUUCAAAUCUCGGAUACUUCAUAGACCAACAUGACUUAGUAUUACGGUUCAACAAUGCUCCAACUAAAGGAUAUGAAAAAGAUGUGGGCUCAAAGACAACAAUACGUAUUUUAAACUCACAAGUUGUCACUAAACCACAAUUCCAAUUUGUAUCUUCUCCAUUAUACAAACGGCUCAAACUGUUGAUGUGGGAUCCAUCAAAUUACACAUCGUCAAUUAACGAAUGGAUUACGAACCCUGAACAUAACUUUAUUGACAACUACAUAUCAUUUAGAAAAUCUAAUCCAAGAUCAAACUUUCAUGUCGUUCAUCCACAAUAUCUGUGGCGUCUAUGGGAUUACAUACAAGAUCAUACUACAGCUCAUAUAAGACGCAAUCCUCCAUCUUCGGGAUUUUUAGGAUUAGCAAUGCUGUUGCCGCGAUGCACGGUCGUUAACAUGUUUGAGUUCAUACCGUCUGAAAGAAUGACACACCGAUGUCAUUACUAUCACGAAAAAGUCGACGUGACGUGUACAUUUGGUAUUUGGCAUCCACUGGCGGCGGAAAAACUCCUGAUGCUAACGGCGAACACCAUGCCCGAUCAAACAGUAUUCCAUACAGGGUUCCUCUCAAUUCCCGGUUAUAAAUCUCCUAUAUGUACUUCGUUAUAGUGACUGCUACGAUGACAAAUUCGUGUUUUUAUUAUGAGCGUAUUUUUUUUCUAUAUGUGCCUACCCAUACAUAAUAAUAAUGUCUUAUAUUAAAAUACCCACAACACGAGUAAUUAUGUAUGAGGAUGGAGAGGGCAUAAUGAGGCACUGUUUCUUUUAGUGUAGCUGUGUGCCUAUAUUAGAGUGCGAUCAUACUCGUAUUUUGUUAAUAAUAUAAUACCUAGGUAUUAUGAUUCAUGACGACGCGUAAAGCCAUCGCGCACUUAAUUAAUUAAAUGAUCAACUUUGAACUUAUUAUCUCCGAAAGACGGAACAAUAUUUAUUAGUAUAUUAGGUAAUACAAUAGAACACGAAGUCUGACGUUGUAAUUUUUUUUUUAUUUUUGUACAUUUGUACGGAUAGGAAAUAUUAUAUUCUGAAAGUCUGUAUAUAUGAAUAUGACUUAUACUAUAGUGAAAAUGGCAACAACAUUAUUUUAUAUUUUCUUCAGUUUUUAUAUUAUUACAACAAUGAUUAUGGUUAAUCCGUAUUUUUUUUUUUAAUGUAUAAUAUUUUAUUAUAUAUACCUACGACUGAUAAUUAUAUAUUGUUGGCAUUACUUUAUAAUGUCACAGUAAUGGUGUAUGGCAUAUUGUAUAUUUAUAUUAUUGUUUCAUCGACAUUAUAUUAUUAUGUUGUUGUCGUUUUCAAGAGUCAUCCGAAUUCCGAUCUCAAUGUUUGAGUGAAACAAUAACUUCUACACAUAAUGAGUAAUGACAAUAAUACGACCGUGCACGGUCAUAAUAAUAUAGUACAAUACAUAAUAAUUUCGUAAUAUUUUAUUCAAAAUUACACUUUAAUAUGUUUGAUGGUCAAACAGAUUAUUCGAAGUACGCGUGACCCGUGGUAGUAAUAUACAACCCAAGAACCGUAUUAUUCACUAUACAAUCUAUUGGCUAUAAUAAUAAUGGUACCUAUACCAUAAAUAUUAUUUUAAAAAACGCAAACAAGAUAACACAAUUAGUAGUUGUUACUAAAACCGCAUUCAACUUUAUUAUACGAGUUAAUAUUUUUUACGAAUAUAUAUUAUUAUUCUAAUUUAAAAUAUUGAAGUAAAAUUGUAUAGUUCACUUAUCUCUACUUUUUUCAGUGAAAAAUACUUACCUAACCUACUCAAUAGACUUUUGUUACCUAUCCAUUUAUUUUUUAAAUUUUAAAUGAAUUCUAAAUAAUAUUUUAACUUGAAGU